AACUCUACCGCUGCGCCACCGUGCCGCCCUUAUUUGUUAUCAAUAAUUAUGAAAGGCACACACUGCAAAUGCAUUUUUCUUCCCUUUCAGAAGAUUUGCACCUUACUCGAAGCAGAGAAUUAGUUUUUAAAAUUUUAAAUAGCGUGCUGUAUGUUCCAACGGGAAACAACUCAAAAAUAGGAGAAAAUAGUAAUUAUACAGGCAACGACAUCUGACUGUGUGUUUAAUCUUUGCGUCCUAUAACUUGAUCGCACAUGGUGUUUUCAGAUUAGGGUAGCCUAGCAACUCCAGCUAGAUUCAGUCACAAGACAAACAAACCAACAAACUGGACUGAACACCAAUGUGCACAAAGUGGCACAAAGUUUUAAGAGAAUCCAGGAAAAUGUUGGGAUAGUAGUUGUAACCGCGUGAACAUAACUCAUCAUCAACAUUCUGGAAGUCCAAGCUGAUAACUGCGCAGCGAAGCCAACAAGAACUUAAUGAACGGACAGAGAAAUAAAGAGAAGUAUAACGGAAAGAAAGUGUGAAGAAUUCUCAUAAUGACAGCUGCAAUGAGUGAAGUUCCACCAUUCAAAUCUGAGCAAGACAAUGGGAAGACAUCAGUGAAGGAAACCAUGGAGAAAUUAGGUCAACCAGUCCUCGAUCCAUUCAAAAGCAAGCAAGAGCCUACGGUGACAAGGAAAUCAGGCUCGAUGCCUCUUAAUUCACUGCUACGCUUCAGUCUCGGUGCUGAGAGGCCACAAUCAAACAACAGCAUGCGCUUUGGAAUGCUGAGCCACCACUCCUUUUUCUCAAGGCAUAAUCCUCACCCUCAUCGUGUAACACAUAUCAAUGGACUCAAUGGGAUGCCUGUUUGCACAGUAAAUGAUGACUGGCAUGGCAACACUCCUCUUUCUCCACAUCCAUUGAUAAAGAGCCAAUUUCCAACUACAAUCAUGGGAAGACUUGGACUGCCCAUCAGUAUUUUCCAAUGUAAUGCCUUUGGUGAUGGAAAUAUCCCAAAGCCCGCCCUAGCACCAUUGUCGGAAGCGUGGCGAGAUGAACUGAGAGAAUUUACCUCUAAAGCCUGUUUCCUUGCACCUGAACAGCCUGAACAAAAGAAGACGGAGGAAAGACGAGGGACUCAAUAUUCUGCCCUGACUGGCCGCAUCAUGCCAAGUUGCACUCCUGCUACAAGUCACCGAUCCUCCAGAAGCGGUGCCCUGGACAGAAAUAAACCCAAUGGGCCCUUCCAGGACAAGGAGUUACUGGUUCUGGAAUUGCUUUGCCAACUUCUACAAACUGACUCGUUCUGUGCCAUCCAGCAGUGGCUGCUUUGUGCAGGGCAAAAAGAGAAAGAGUUUGUACUGGGAAUGGUUCAGUCGGUUCUUGGAAGUAGUUACCCUGAUUAUCAGCAAAAUGCUGAAAUUACAGAAGAACAACUGAUACCACAAACAGAUAACAUUUCUACAGCCUCCAUCUCAAGAAGGUCAACUUCGACUAGGAAAAGACAUAAGAGGUAUUAUCUCAAAAAGAAGUCUGAAAAUAUUGAAGAAGACCAACCAGAUCACAUAGGAAGUGCAGAAGUUCUUCUGAUUCAUAGAAGCAAGAGUCCUGAGAGACCAAGCAAUGGAAGGCUGGAAGUCUCAGAACAAUCCAAGAAUCCUGAAUCAAAAUGAAGCUAUUCAAGAAAAGUGACAAAUUGAUUUAUAUUAAUGAUUGAAGUCUGAAUAGAAACAUCUUGAAAAUGUAACGUGAUAAAACGAUGUUUUGAUUAUAUUACUAAUAUUUGUAAGGAUGCAGUUGUCAGUUUUCAGAUAAAUUUAGCAGAUCCUCGUACAUAAGCGGUAGAGUUGCUGCCUUAUGGCGCCAGAGACCCGGGUUCGAUCCUGAUCGCGGAUGCUGUCUGUAAUGAGUUUGUACAUUCUCCCCGUGACCUGCGUGGGUUUCCUCCGGGUGCUCCGGUUUCCUCCCACACUCCAAUGACGUAUUGUAGGUUAAUUGGCUUGAUAUAAUUGUAAAUUGUUCCUGGUGUGUGUAGGAUAGUGUUAGUGUGCAGGGAUCAUUGGUUGACUUUAACUUGGUAGGACAAAGGGCCUGUUUCCACGGUGUAUCUCUAAACUAAAAUAAAAUACAUUCAGGUUAUAAAUAUUACAGCAGAAAUAAGCAAAUAUUUCCAAUGUCUCAAUGAUUAAUAUUGUAAAUCAAUCUGCAUUUAUUGCAAAGUACACAUUUGCUUAUUGGGCGUUCUAUUUUAGAUUAAUGUCAUAGAUUGUAUUUGAUUUGUACAGGUGCCCAGAAAAUUGACGUCCGUCAGUUUCAUUGAGUUUAUAGUAAUCAUCAUUAUCCCCAAAAUAAUAGAUUUAUUCAUUCCUAAUCUGAAUAAAUUCUGUGUAAUACAAGAGACAUGAAGAAUUAUUUUUUUAUUAAACAAUUUGACAUUAGGAAAUUAACAUUAAUGUUCACAAAUUGGAUACCACUUUUCCCGACAAUGAAAGUGCAAGUAGUUCAUUGGAGAAAUUUAGGAUAUAUAGUAAUGUUCACAGAAAAACAACUAUAAAUGUAUGUUCUUUCUUUACACUGUAUUAAAAUUCAAAUCUUCUAUUCCUAAUAGCUGGUAAAUGAAAAUGACAACAUUUUGAUAAAUGUCACGUUUGUAAUUCUGUGAUCAAUAUGUACCUAGAUGUUAACAAAUAUGUGUAAUACACUGUAUGAUUGCAUUGUGUACUUUAAAAAAAUAAUUCUUUUGAAUUUAUGACUUCUGAAAUGUUUCUGAAAUAUUCUAUGGGAUUGCAGGCAUCAUGUUGGAGGUUGAAUUUGGUGUGAGCACAUGAAAUGAGAACAUUCAUUCCAAUUCCUAAUAAGAUCAAGAGCAGAGCGAGAAAUAUUUCAUUUAUCUGAUAGCGUGAAAAGUUAAGCUUAUGAAAGGUUGACAAAAUUGUCACAAAGUUGGGAGAUUUCCGUUAUCUCACUACUCCUUUUUUCUUUACACCACAUGCCUUCUCUCUCUCUCUCUCUCUCUCUCUCUCUCUCUCUCUCUCUCUCU